AUGGCACCCUCCUUUUUCAAAGAUAUUCGGCGAAGGUCGAGAGCAAGCUUCAAAACCGACGGAAGCGCGGAUUCAAGCAACGGAACCAAUGGCUCUGCCGCCAACACACAAUCCUCGUCGACUUUGAACUCAACCUAUGGAGGAAAUACCCCACCUACACUGGCAACCUCGAGCUCCUCCCCCAACCUCCAGAUCCUUGCCAACAACCAACCCACAUUACCGCCAGCUCGGCCUACGAUUUCGACUUCCUCCAGCAACAGAUACAGUGUGUCGGGAAUGUCUGGUUUAGGCUCGCCAUCACAGAAAUCAUCUAUUCCACCAUCGCCCUAUGCACCACGAAUACUAUCUAUCUCGGACAACACUUGGGUUUAUCAAAAAGUUAUUUCGAUAUACGGAGUAAUUGCUGAUCCUGCGUCACUGGCUCUGGAAGGGAAUUUGACUGUGAGCCGACUUGAUGACGGUUUUCCACCAACAUUCUGGCCUGUUUCGGAAUCCCAUUUCAAGGCCCUGAUAUUUCUCUUACCAGGCCCAAACAAACUUCGGUUCGAUUUCUCCUCACCUAAGCUUGCAAACAGCAAUACUUCAAAUCCCAUACACUCUUCAUACCUCACUAUUCACAUGAUGCCCCCGCUCGAGAGUCCACCUUUGCAGCUGGUCAUUCUACUGGGUAAAGAUUCGCCGGGCACGUUCGAUGCCGUUCCUGCGAGGACUGAGAAGGAAGGGAAUGGCCUUGAGACUGCAAUUAGAAAGUUCAGAAUGGCAGCCUAUCUCUGGCAAGCCUUCACCGCUGAACAGAUGUUCCGCAACAAGCUCGGAAGGAGAGUCUUUAGGAUGGAAGAGGAAUGGGUCACGGGUACUUCGAACUAUCGAGAUCGCGAGACAGGGACUAUGCGGAGCGAGGCCAAAAUCCACAUCGUCCGGAGCUCCAAAACCGUCGCGGAGCUUCGUGACCCCGACCUUGCUCAACAAAACCCAACGGCUAAACGAUCUGGCGAUCUGUUUGGUAUUGCCUCAGAAGCGGUUCGAGACUAUUUCAAACCUCUUCCCGGCCAAAAGCAGUACGUGUCUGUGCUGCUAUUGGAUGCGCACUGGGAUAAUCAGACAAAGCUAAUCACUGGGCAUGCCGCCUUGGGCGGUGGCGGAGGCGAAAUCCAACUUGCCAUCUUUGGUUCCCAGGCUCUACAGAGUUAUCCAUCCUCUAUCGAGGAGAUUGUUCCAGCAUUCUCCGAUUGUACGCCAACGGACACAAACUAUGUCGCCAAUGAUUGUAACGAAUCUGGCAGUAGUUGGGAAGCUGCAAAUAUUGGCAUUGGCGCGCACCUGCACGAGACUGGCCAUUUAUUUGGUUGCCCCCACGAAGAAAGUGGAAUAAUGCUCCGGGACUAUGUCACACUCAAUCGGUCGUUUACCAUUCGAGAACCAUACUCAACGCGUACAAAGUCGAAAGGUGGCUUGGUGUUGCCAAAAGAUGAGUGUGCCUGGCAUCGUCUUGAUGUGCUCCGAUUUAAAGGGCAUCCCUGCUUUACUUUGCCAACAGAUCCACCCCGGAACAGCGAUGAAUCAGUCCAGGUUUGGCCGGUAGACAAUGGCAAUGUCAUUGUCACUGCUCCUUCGGGCGUCGCCUACCUCGAGAUCGUUCCGGGAGGCGACGACGUGUGCAAAUAUUGGCAAGAGUUCGGUGACGGAAAUGGCAACGGUCCUAUCCAAAAACAAAUCAUCUUGACGGAACAGGAAUUGAGGAGUCGAUUGUCCGACGACAAAAAGAAGCUGAAGCUGAAGCUGAGCAUUAAAUCGAUCGCUGGUGGAAGCCAUGAAGUUGAAGAUUUUGGACUACUCUCGUCCAAAGCUUCAAGAGUGAAGCUUCCCAAUGGCCAGCUCGCUUUCCGAAGUAGCAGAUUGGGCCUCUCGAAAAUGGAUGGUUCCCGCCCUGAAGAAGUCAUUUUCGACAGUGCAGUGCGGCAAACAAAAUUGCUCACGCAAGUGCGAGUCUACCAUGGAUUUGCGUUUGAUGGAAUCGAAUUCAUCUACGAAGAUUCGACCUCUCAGCUUUUUGGGAAGAGGGGAGGCGAACCGGAUACCCGACGAGGUGAGGUCAUUACUGGAUUCUACGUCCGAAGCGGAUUUUGGAUUGAUGGGAUUGCCAUCAUGACCAGUCUGGGUAGGAAGUCGGCCGUGUUUGGGAAUGCCAGUGGUGGUUCUGGAAAUACUUUGAUACCCCCGAGAGGAUAUAGCAUUGCAGGCGUUACUGGAUCAUCUAUCGACAAGCAGAAGAAGCUGCUCACUGAUGACAACACUCAUUUCUCCAUGAUAAAAAUGCUCCACCUAGCUGAUCUUAUUACGGAGUUGAAUGGCUUCUGCGGAGUUAUGUCUAUCUUCUCUUCUAUGCGAUACUGCCUUGGGCCUCCCUCUGCACAUGCAAAUCUCUGGGCGGCAUUGGCAUUCAUGCCCUUUGGGUUAUUCUUCGAUUUCAUGGAUGGCAAGGUUGCACGAUGGAGGAAGAAGAGCAGUUUGAUGGGGCAGGAGCUUGAUUCCUUGGCAGAUCUGGUGUCUUUUGGUCUCUCGCCCGCCGCAGCAGCAUUCGCCAUUGGCCUUCGCACUCCAGCCGACCACUUCUUCCUCACGUUCUUUGUUCUUUGUGGCCUCACUCGCCUUGCACGCUUCAAUAUCACUGUUGCGAAUGUACCCAAAGAUGAUACGGGAAAGAGCAAAUAUUUUGAAGGCACUCCAAUCCCUACCUCGUUGUCGAUUGCAGCGUUGAUGGCAUACUGGGUCAGCCAGGGUUGGAUCCUGGAAGAUAUUCCCAUGGGAACUUGGGCAACAGGGACCACCUUUGAGUUCCAUCCUGUGGUCGGACUAUUCGUUCUCAGUGGAUGUUUGAUGACAAGUAAGACGCUCCAUGUUCCAAAGCCAUAG